UCAAACGCAUCACGCCUUCGGAGUAGCUGGCUCGUCAGCUCCAGUUUACUGCAACAGGAUUAAGGCGCACAGAACAGGGAGCGACUUCCAAGAAACGAAAGCAGCCCGUCCGUUCCAAGGCUGAGUCAAGGGCUGGGGGACUAAUCUGGACUCGGAGCGCCUCGCAGUCCGCAGUGAUUGGCUCCGGCGCGCCGUCCUCCAACACUCCCGGGCCAACCGUCGAGGCGGACGUUGGGUCCGGAUGGAAACGAGCUGAGUCGCGCUUGGAGGCGGGAUCGCGUCAUGGCUUCCUAUUUCGACGAGCACGACUGCGAGCCGGGCUCGGGCCCCCCGGAGACGCUGCACCGCCGAGCGCUGCUGGAGCUGGCUAGGUCUCUCUUCCACGGCCUGGAGUUCGAUCUGGGCUCCCUGGAGGGCGGCGACUGGGCCCACCGGCUGCCUCCCCCGGCUUCCAGGCGUGUCGUCCAGAGCCUCCCUGCGCUGCGAGUGACGGCGCUGCAGGCAGGUGCAGGGCUGAAGUGUCCGGUGUGCCUGCUUGAAUUUGAGGAGGAUGAGGUGGUCAGGAAGAUGCCCUGUGAGCACUUCUUUCACACAGACUGUAUCCUUCCCUGGCUUGGAAAGACCAACUCCUGCCCCCUCUGUCGCUAUGAAUUGCCUACCGAUGAUGAGACAUACGAGGAAUUCAAACAGGACAAGAUGCGGAGGGAGCAGCAGGCACACCGACUGGAGUACCUUCAUGGGGCGAUGUACACAUGACAUAUACUUUACUCUUGAGCCUUCCGUCCUCUCACCUAGUACUGGAGGAUUACCUGCAAUCUCUUCCACGGCUAGCAGGGACCAAGAUGCCUUGGCGGCACAGUAUGCCUCCCAUAUCUUGCCAAGGUUUGUUGUACAAAAAUAUUGCCUUCUUCCAGGAAUAAAUUCCUCUCUGCUUAUCAAAUU